ACAAAACAUGAAAUUCACCAAUUAAGGGUUCCGCCGCGGAGACACGUGAAGGUCGGUGAGUUGGUGCGGAGUUUGUCUCGGCACGCGUGGCCGCGCUGGGAUGGCGUCCUCCUCGUCUUCCUCCGCAGCGGGUUUGGGCUCGGUCGACCCGCAGCUGCAGCAUUUCAUCGAGGUAGAGACUCAGAAGCAGCGCUUCCAGCAGCUGGUGCACCAGAUGACGGAACUUUGUUGGGAAAAGUGCAUGGACAAGCCUGGGCCAAAGUUGGACAGUCGGGCUGAGGCCUGUUUUGUGAACUGCGUUGAGCGCUUCAUUGAUACAAGCCAAUUCAUCUUGAAUCGACUGGAACAGACCCAGAAAUCCAAGCCAGUCUUCUCAGAAAGCCUUUCUGACUGACCUGAGUAUUACCUCUCUGGAAAAGGAAGGUAGUUCAAGAAAUGAAGAGCAGUUGAUGGGAUGGUUGAAGAAAAGGCUGUGGGGGGAUCGGCUCCCACCUUUGUCACUCUUGGGACAUCCUGUCAUCUGAGAAUGAACAAAGACCAAUUUUUGUGU